AAUGUGGGGCGUGUGCUUGAAAAAAAACCUCAUUCCUGCAACUCUUGCAGCUCCACUGAGGCAGUGUGGAUUAGCAGUCAGAGGACACUGACCACCACCACCACCAUCAUCAUCAUCAUCAGUCAGCAGUUCCUCUCCGUCCCUCCUCCAGACUCCUCCACCCUCUCUCCGUCUCACUCCGUCCCCGUGUCCGUGUCUCCGAACCCGCACAGCCUCUCUGUCUUUCCCCGCACCACACGCAGUCAUGUCCGCAGACGGCUCCGUGGACCUGCUGCAGAUCCCUCUGGGACUCAUCAACAGCGACGGAAAGUAUCUGACGGCGGAGAUGUUCGGCUUCAAAAUCAACGCGUCGGCCAGCAGCCUGAAGAAGAAGCAGACGUGGACCCUGGAGCAGACCGGGGAGGACGGGAGCGCCGUGUUCCUGCUGUCCCACCUGGGCCGAUACCUCGCCACCGAUAAAGACGGCAACGUGACCGCGGACAGCGAGACGCGCGGCCGGGACAGCCGCUUCAUCAUCACGGCGCACGAGGACGGGCGGUGGUCGCUGCAGUCCGAGCCGCACGGCCGGUUCCUCGGCGGGACCGAGGACAGGAUCACCUGCUUCGCCCAGACCGCCUCCCCGGCGGAGAAGUGGAGCGUGCACCUGGCCGUGCAUCCGCAGGUCAACAUCUACAGCAUUGCGCGCAAACGCUUCGCGCACCUGAGCGCCCGUGGGGAGGUGUCGAUAGACCGGGAUGUCCCCUGGGGGGUCGACUCGCUCAUAACGCUGGUCUACCGCGACCAGCGUUACCACCUGGAGACCUCCGACAACCGCUUUCUGCGCAAUGACGGCGGCCUGGCCACCAAAACGGACCAGGACACCGGCUACAUGCUGGAGUUCCGCUCCGGGAAAGUGGCGUUCCGUGACUGCAAUGGGCGGUACCUGGCGCCCGUGGGCCCCACCGGCACGAUGAAAUCUGGGAAGAGCGCACGGGUGGGGAAGGAUGAACUGUUCGGCCUGGAGCGCAGCCACGCGCAGGUCGUACUGACUGCAGGCAACGAGAGAAACGUUUCCACGAGACAAGGCAUGGACUUGUCAGCCAAUCAGGAUGAAGAAGGAGACCAGGAAGUCUUCCAAAUGGAGAUGAGCCGUGAGGACAGGAAGUGUGCCUUCAGAACCGCUGCUGGAAAAUACUGGACCCUGACUCCGACUGGAGGACUACAGUGCACCGCUUCCACCAAGUCGGCUAACAGCUACUUUGAACUGGAGUGGCGUGACGGCCGUGUAUGUGUACGUGCAGCCAAUGGCAAAUACGUGGUGGCAAAGAAGAACGGACAGUUGGCUGCUACUGUGGACAAUGCAGGGGAGGCUGAGCAGUUCCUGAUGAAACUAAUCAACCGUCCAAUCAUCGUCCUUCGAGGGGAGCACGGUUUCAUCGGGGCUCGUAAAGCUGGCAUGGCGACUCUGGACUCCAACCGAGCAUCGUACGAUGUUUUUCAGCUGGAGUUUCACAACGGUGCCUACUCUGUCAAAGACUCCCAGGGUAAAUACUGGUGCAUUGGAGACGAUACGUCAGUGGUCUGCAGCAGCGCCACACCUGUCCAGUUCCAGUUCGAGUUCUGUGACCUCAACAAGAUGACAAUCCGUGCACUUGGAGGGAAGUACCUCAAAGGAGACCACGCAGGGGGGUUAAAGGCCACCGCUGACUCCCUGGACAGCGCCACCCUCUGGGAAUACUGAGACAGCACAGUGGGACCUCAUCCCUCCCAACACAACGCUAAUGGUAGAUACUGUAGGUUUGUUUUUUUAUCAUGUGUGUAUGUAAAUGUGAAUUUGUCUGGAUGGAUGUGUGGUGGUAAGUGAAUCUGAAAAACUGGAAACCAUGGCACCAAAGCAUUAAAGGUGUUUUAUUUGUCAGGAUUCUUCUCUAAUAGUCAUUGUCUCUUCAUACUGGGCUUUUUACUGGAUAUACUGGAUUUAAAGUGACUUGCUGUUUAAUGAUGAAUCUAUGGAAGUGAACUGCUGCAAGGCCUGAAAAAGAAAAAGAAAUUAGAAUAAUUACUGAUAAUGUGAACAGUUACAACAAGAUGAUUUUCACAGUAUAACCAGAUAUUUUCACAUUAUAACUGGAUAUUUUCAUUUUAAAAAUAAAAGUGCAGCACUAAGUUUUCACUCAGAACAAAACAGGUUCUGUUUCAAAAUAAAAGUCCUGCUAUGAAAUAAAGUUGUGUCCACUGAAACAAUUUAAUUUGAAAGGGGUACAGGAAGUGUAAUGUGCACUAGCAGCAUAGCUUUACAAGGCAAACUGGAUUUUCAGGCACCAUUUUGUUAAUUGCCAAUAUCUUCACAUGCACAGAUGGACACCAACAUGAUGAGUUUGUUGUAAUAACCUGAAAGUAUCUUGUUAUAACAUGAAAAAUAUCUAAUCUUUUUUUUUUUUUUUUUUUUUUUUUGGGUCUGUCAGUAAUACACAUCCAUAUGAAUCUCAGUCUGGUUGCACAAUAUUUAACUUACAGUCUCAUUCUCACAAGCUGUACCUGAUAACUGUCAGGACUCUUCCUGUUCUUAGUUGUGCCUCUGUGGUGACUACUGGUGCAAAUGAAUAUGAAUGAUCCUAUAACUCCUCAUUUUCAAUAUGUAACCUGCUCCUGUUCAGUGUCCUGCUGCCUCUAUUAUGCUGCUUUCAUCUCUUGUUCUCUUUCAGACUGAAUUGCAUAUGACACAUCAGAUAAAGGGAUGUUACUGAUUUACACUUUUCUGCUGUAAAUAAUGCUUUCUUUGUCACUGAGUGCUUCAAUAACAUAGUAACCAUGAGAACUUUAAUUGUAAACUUGUGUCAAGGCUCCAAAGACAGAAAUGGUACAUGGCUGGCAGAUCUCACAUGAUUUUUUUUUUCCUUGCCUCUGUUUUUCAAUUCUUAGAUGUGAAGAACAUUUUUAGACAGAAUCUGUAAAUAGACAGAUGCAUCUUUACAGAAAAGUCAGAAGCCUAUUGAGGAGCAUAUCCACAAGAUGAUGGAAAGAACAUGAAGUUGGAAUUGAACGAGCCUUCUUAGUUUGAGUAAAUGGCUUUGUUGAAAAAAAUUAAAAAAAAAAAAAAAAAAAAAGGUUAAAGUGGAAAGUGAUGGGUUGUUAUCACAUGCUACACACUCAAAUGCACAGAAAUAUGCGGCCAUAGAGCAAUGCCAAAAUGUGAAAAGUGUAUGACUUGAAUCUGCACAAGGAUUCAGUGUCCAACUGAAAGAAAUGAAAAGCACAUGUCUGUUGUAAUGAAGUGUCUGCCUUAGAUUGGGUGCUGAGGCUGCUGUGUGAACACAAUGAGAAAACACUUUUCUAUCAUUGUAAUUGGCUGUGCCUUCCAUACAGCAUUUCAGUCUUUUUUCAUGUUCUUUACAUUUUAACUGAGUAAAAGUCAAUAAAGUUUUCUCUCUUCA